AUGGGUUCAGAAGACCUGUGCAAGGUUGAUGACGGUGUUAUAAAGAUAUUUGAUAAUGAUGACGGUGAUUAUAUUGAUAAGUACGAGGUUAAAAGCUUAAGAAGAACGGAUUCAGAAGAUGUGUUCAAGAGUGUUGACGGUGUUGUAAAGAUCUUUGAUGAUGAUGAUGAACGUGAUUAUGGUGAUGGUAUUGAAGAUGAAGGUGAUUGUAACGAUGAUGAUGGUUUUGUGGAGGAUGACGAGGAUGGGUGGCUGAAUGAUACAGAUAAAUCCGACGAAGAUCGCCGGGAAAAAUGUUAUACAGUUCUGAUCGAGAAAGACAUACGUCAGCAACAGCAAGAAGAUAUAUCACAGGUAUCUAAUACUCUUUUGAUUUCAACAGUAUCAGCUACCAUCUUGCUACGACACUACAACUGGGAGGUUGAGAAAGCACAUGAAGCAUGGUUUACCAACGAAGAAAAAGUUCGCAAAGAUGUUGGGCUGUUAGUAGUAGUUCCGGUUCAAAACACGGAGACUAUAAUCAAGUGUAACGUCUGCUUUGAUGACUUUGCACGCGAUGAUAUGUCUGCUGCUAAUUGUGGUCAUCUCUUUUGUAAAUCGUGUUGGACACAGUACAUCAGCAUGAAGAUUAAUGACGGACCGGGGUGUCUAAUGCUGCGAUGUCCUAAUCCGUCUUGUCCUGUCGCUGUUGGUCAAGACAUGGUUAAUGAAUUUGUUUCUGAUGAAGAUAAGGAGAAGUAUUCUAAUUACCUUUACAGAUCAUAUGUGGAAGAUAAGAGAAAGAUGUCCAAAUGGUGCCCUGGUCCAGGCUGUGAGUGUGCUAUUGAAUUCGUCGCUGGUAGUUCAAAUUAUGAUGUUGUUUGCCGCUGCGGACACAGGUUUUGCUGGAAUUGUGUACAGGAUGCACAUCGUCCAGUGGACUGCGACACUGUGCACAAGUGGGUCAUGAAGAAUAGUGCUGAGUCUGAAAACGUAACUUGGAUAUUAGCCAACUCCAAAUCUUGUCCUAGGUGCAAAAAACCAAUUCAGAAAAACGAAGGAUGCAUGCAUAUGAAAUGCCAAUGCGGAUUUCAUUUCUGCUGGCUCUGCCUUGGUGAUUGGAGUACUCAUGGGGAGAAAACAGGUGGUUUUUAUGCAUGUAACAUCUAUGAGAAAGUAAGAUCAGGGGGUGCAUACGAAGAGCAAGAAAAAAUAAAAAAUAAGGCUAAAGAUUACUUGGAUAAAUAUGCAUUCUACUACGAAAGAUUUGAAGAAAACCAGAAGUCAAGACUAAAGGCGAUUCAAAGCUUGAAGAAAGUAGAAUCUGUGGAUUUAGCGAAGCUUCGUGACAGUUAUGACUUGCCUGAGACACAGCUUGAGUUUAUCACAGAUGCUUGGAAACAGAUCAUCGAAUGCAGGCGUGUUCUAAAGUGGACUUAUGCCUACGGAUAUUAUUUACCUCAAAGUGAACAUGCAAAGAAAACCUCAUUUGACCUUUUGCAAGGUGCAGCUGAGUCUAGGUUGGAAAUACUCCAUCAAUGUGCAGAGCGGGAGUUACGUAAAUAUCUCGGUGAAGGUGAUUGUUUGAACCCUCCCCCAAUAAAGCCUGUUGACAUGACUAGCAUCAAAUUAAAGCUGCUUGACCUGACCUUUAACGCACGGCAUUACUUUGAAUACCUGGUUGGUGCUUUAGAGAAUGGUCUUCCGGAUGUAGGCACACAGUAG